CUUCAUUUCAUCCUCAAACCGCCGUCUCCAUCGAGUCCCUUCGAUCGUUCGAUGUGACUUCCAGGGUCCUGAUCCCAUUCUCAUACUUCCGAUGUCUCGCCGUAAUAUCCAAGAAAAGGAGAAGAGUGGAGGACACCAACAAGUCAAACGAAAAACCUACUUAUAGAACCUUUGCAUCCGUCUCCAUGGCUGAUCUUCUAUUCCCUCAUCACACUCUCAGUCUCUCUUUCUUCUCUUUCCUUUCCCAGCUUCUCUCUAGUCCUUCCUUAAUCGUACCCGGUUGAUCCAGGUUCCAUUCCUUCAUUAUCAUCAUGCAUUUCCUCCAGAACGCCGUUGUGGCCGCCACUAUGGGCGCUGCGCUGGCCGCCGCUGCUCCUCUCGAGAAGCGCUCCUGCACUUUCACCUCCGCCUCUGCUGCCAAGUCCGGCAAGUCCUCUUGCUCCACCAUCACCCUCGACAACAUCGCGGUCCCCGCCGGUGAGACUCUUGACUUGACUGGCCUCAAGAAGGGUACCACCGUCAUCUUCGAGGGUGAGACCACCUUCGGCUACAAGGAAUGGAAGGGUCCCCUGAUCUCCAUGUCCGGUACCGACAUCACCGUCAAGCAGGCCUCCGGUGCCAAGAUCAACUGCGACGGUGCUCGCUGGUGGGACGGCAAGGGUAGCAACGGUGGCAAGACCAAGCCCAAGUUCUUCCAGGCCCACAAGCUCGACCAGUCCAGCAUCACCGGCCUGAAGGUCUACAACACCCCUGUCCAGGGUUUCAGCAUUCUGGCCGACCACCUGACCAUCACCGAUGUGACCAUCGACAACUCCGCCGGUACCAGCAAGGGUCACAACACCGAUGCCUUUGACAUUGGCCAGAGUACCUACAUCACCAUUGACGGUGCCACCGUCUACAACCAGGAUGACUGCCUGGCCAUCAACUCGGGUGAGCACAUCACCUUCACCAACGGCUACUGUGAUGGUGGCCACGGUCUCUCCAUCGGUUCCAUCGGUGGCCGCAGCGACAACACCGUCAACGACGUGACCAUCUCCAACUCCAAGGUGCUCAACUCCCAGAACGGUGUCCGCAUCAAGACCAUCUACGGCAAGACUGGCACUGUUGAGAACGUCAAGUUUGAGGACAUCACCCUGUCCGACAUCAGCAAGUACGGUAUUGUCGUUGAGCAGGACUACGAGAACGGCAGCCCCACCGGCACGCCCACCAACGGUGUCAAGGUUGAGGACAUCACUUUCAAGAAGGUCACCGGCAGCGUCAAGAGCUCUGGUACUGACAUCUACAUCCUGUGCGGUUCCGGCAGCUGCUCGAACUGGACCUGGAGCGGUGUUGAUGUGACUGGCGGCAAGAAGAGCAGCAAGUGCAAGAACGUCCCCUCGGGCGCUUCCUGCAGCGCCUAAACGGGUCUCUGGCCAGCUGUGUUGAGCCUUCCUAGCAAGGCUGCGUGAGGUUUUUCGUUCAGGACUCUGGCAUCACGCCGGGAGUGUUUGUAUUAGCUUUUAAUUUUAGUGUAUCAUUGGAAAAAUGCAUGACUCGAG